UGGCAGAUUGCGAGUUAGUUGAGAUCGUCAACCCUUUUGGAUACUAACGGUAGUUGCAACGCCAACAAAGCGCUUGUUGAACACAUAAAUAACGGAAGUUUAGAUUUUUCAAAUAAUUUUGCAUUUCGUACGAAGUUUUUUUAUUGUUUUGCAAGUGUUUGUGGAGCUGCGCUAUAAUGCAUUUUUUCGAGUUCUUCAAACUGUGUCAGAGGUUAAUUUUCUUCUUGCCCUUAACAACGGCUAAUAGUCCUGAUAAGACUACAGCUCCCUCGAGCGUAGCACUUUUGAAGACACAUUUACCCAUGAAUUGGACACAGUUGAAUGGUGGUGGUUGGAGCUAUGACAACCCCGAAGAAUGGCCAGUGAAUAAUCCGCAAUGUGGAGGAGACAGACAAUCGCCAAUUGCCAUCAACACGGAUAAGACGGUAAAUGCUGAUAUACCGCCCAUUACAUUCGCUUCGUACGAUGUGGUUCUAGGCAACUAUGUGGUUUUGGAGAACAAUGGACACACUAUCAAAUUCAAUGUACCACAAACAAUUGAAAACGUUCCACCAACCAUUACAAAUGGACCACUUGAAGACAUAUACGAGGCCGCAGAGGUGCACUUCCAUUGGGGUUCACCAACAAGUAAGGGUUCUGAGCAUGUAAUCAACCAGCGACGCUAUGACGUUGAAAUGCAUAUAGUACAUAUGAAUAACAAAUACGGCAGUGUGGAGGAGGCACGCGAAUACGAGGAUGGUCUGUCGGUGAUAGGUGUUUUAUUUAAAGUGGAAAAGACUGUCGCCAACCACGAACAACCCGGCCUGAGCACAAUCUUCAAUACGGUGCCGUAUGUGACUCGUUACAAUUCGUCAGCUUCUACGCAACAAUUGAUUUCGCUCGGCUCGCUGCUGUCUAACAUAAAUCGUGAUAAAUUUUACACCUAUCAGGGUUCGCUAACAACACCGCCGUGUUCCGAAGCGGUCACAUGGAUUGUUUACCCCGAAGUCGUACCGAUAUCUAUAUUCCAAGUGAAAAACUUUUGGUUCGUGCGCGAUUCGGAAGGUGGCAGGUUAGUAAACAACUAUAGACCCGUACAACCGAUUGGCUCACGUGACGUAUACUACCGCAGUUCCAAUGGAGAUGAAGUGAAUUACUACUUUUAAUAUGGCUUUAUCACAGGCAAUCAGAAAACUUAAAUUCAGAUAUGGCAUUUAUAAAUAUUAGAAAGAUUAGUUACAAAAUAGAAAAUUUUUUAAAUUAAUUUUUUUAUUAUUCGAAAGCUUUAAAUUAUUGGUUUAAUUAUUGUAAAAUACUGUUAAUUAUAUUAAUAAAAUUAAUAAAUCAGUAAAAUUUAAAAGACUAA